UCAUGAUAACUUCGACCUGUAAAUUCACAACGAAAUGCUGCGACGACGAACACGACGAUUAUUUUCGACGAAUGCGUCUGUGAUCAAGUGAUCAUGGAAUCCUCGAGAAACCGAAUACGCUUUUGACGACUCAUACCGAAGAGUCACACGACUACAUUCACGCUGUCGCAACGUCACUCAUUCGCCCGCCACGAGCGCACGAAAACCUUUUUCGUUCACGCUUCGCCCCCGAGCCUCGCCCACUGCACCCAGCGCCCUCCACGAGUCGACCAUGCAUACCCUUAUAUACCAAAAACCGCUCAAUACCCAUACCGAAGAGUGGUGUAGUGGUAUACGCUCCUAGAUCUCCUAUGAUCACCUAAAAUCUCUAAAAUCCGCUCCUAUGAUCCUUCUCCUACUACACCACUCCUCGGUUUUUGCCAGUUGGCUCGAAUUUUUGUCGCCUAGCCCGGAGCUAUCAUUAUUUUUUUCCCUGGAUUUAUUUCGCCAAGAUUCGCGACGUUCGAACGCAGGCAUGCCCCCCGAUGUCGACAUGUACCCCCCUGACGGGUCUACCUUUAUAUUUCAAAACCACUCUCUAUACCAGUACCGAAGAGUGGUGUAGUGGUAUCCGCUCCUAAACUCCUAUGAUCACCUAAAAUUCUUCUCUCCGCUCCUAAGAUCUUUCUCCCGCUCCACCACUCUUCGGUUUUUGCCAUUCGACUCAACUUUUUGUUUACCUGGUCUCGACAUCUGACCUCUUUUUUUCUCGGAUUUAUCUGGUCAUUUUUUGACGGCGUUGGAACGCAGCGGCCUUGCCACGACGAUAUGUACCAUGGAGGGGGUUACCUUUAUAUACAAGAAUCGCUGUAUCUACCAAUGCGAAGAGUGGUGUAGCGGUAUACGCUCCUAGAUUCCUAAGGUCACCUAACAUCUCUCUAAAUCCGCUCCUAAGACCAUUCUCCCGCUACACCACUCUUCGUUUUUGCUGUUCGACUCGACUUCAUUUUUAAUUACAUUGUCUCAAGCUCCCCCUUUUUCCACGGAUUUGUUCGGCCAGUUUUCAGCACAUUCGAACCCAGCGACUUGUUGCGAGUACGACACGUACGCAGAGUGUGGGAGGGGCUCCUGGGGGUUACUUUUAUAUACCAAAAUCACUUUCUAUACCAGUACCGGAGAAUGGUGUAGUGGUAUACGUCCUAAACUCCUAAGGUCACCUAAAUUCUCUAAAAAUACGCCACUAAGACCAUUCUCACCUACUACACCGUUCUUCGUUUUUGUCGUGUGCUUCGACUAUCUUUUUGGCAUCUCAAUCUUUCCAGUCAACUCAUUUUCUUCUUAUUUCCCCACACGCUUCGUGGUGUUCGAACGCCGGGAUGAACAUGAACAAGCUUUUACGGCAUUUCACUUCAUCGACGUUGAUGGGCGUAAGUGAGGACCCAGACGAGGACCAGGAUUCAUUCGAUGACGACUCUCUCAAUGGCGGAACCUGAAUCUUUUACCAACAAGAAAGUGCCUGCAUUGCCAUCUCUGAACAGAAACCCUGAGGAGAGCCAGACCAGUGGUCAUGAUACAAGCCCAGCGACUGCCAUCUGGACAGCAGACAUGGCGGAGCCCCCGUGUUCUAUCGACAAGUCGCAUUGAAAGAAGUUGUGAUGCAGGAUGCAGGCGGGAGUCGGUGUUGUAUAGUGGGCACACUUGAGCUUUGCGGAAAAGCUUACAGGCAGGGAGGCAUGAGGCACUUUGCAAGCCGGUCCAAGCUGCUGGCCGAUUUUCUGGGUGAUCUAGCGUGGAACAGGACUUGGGUGUCUACCCCUUACAUACCAAAAUUACUCUAAUCCUCUCACCGAAGAGUGGUACAGUGGUAUCCGUCCUAGAUCCUAAGAUCAUAACCUAAAAUCUCUAAACUCCGCUCCUACAAUUCCUUCCCCCACUGCACCGCUCUUCGUUUUUGCUGGGCCGUACAAUAAAAGCACAGCACUCCAACCCGAUCAUUCCUUCUUUUUGCUUGUCGACAACUGAAAAAUAAUUUUGGGUGACGAAGAUAUCGACUCAGGGGUAUAUGACAGCCAGUCCAUGCCAACUGCCAUGGAGUAUACGAAGACAAGACAUUCUUGACGAGGAAAGCGUCGGGUUCUGAUUUGACUUAUGACAGUGUGCAAGAGAACGCCCGGGGAAUGUGUUGGUUCUUGUUCACUGCUCAGUCACCUGAGGGUAGUUGCCUGGAGAAGUCAGGUCAGGUGGCCUCGAUCGCCUCGCCACUGCAGCGCUGGCAGUACGGCCCCUCGUCCUUACCCUUAUAUACCAAAAACACUCACUACCCUUUCGAAGAGUGGUCCAGCGGUAUCCGUCCUAGAUCCUAGAAUCUUGAACCUAAAACCUCUAAAAUCCGCUCCUAAAAACUUUCUCCCCGCUGGGCCACUCUUCUUUUGCCGUUCACGGGUUCGAAUGAGAGACGACAUUCUUGCGACUUCACGAUACGAGUGAGAACGAUCACCGGAUUGCAGCGAUAUCGACUUGGACUUUCUUUUUUGGGUGUCAUUGCUUUGUUUGACACACAAGUUACCAGGCUUUGAUAGGGGUAGUCGACAUCUACCCCCUAUAUGCCAAAAUCACAACACUAUCUGGUAUCCUUCACCGAGCGAACCGUGGUUUAGCGGUCCCUGACUAGAACCUACGAACCCACGAGCCCACAAGCUUCCAUACCCACGAACCUUGUCCAGAAACCACCCUACGAAUCCUCCUCCCUCCGAUUAUUUCUUCGUUUUUGGCGUUUAUGAGUGACAUUUAAUGUCAUUCUUUUUGCGAUACCAUUAUAAAAUAUUCCCAGCUUGCAGCAACAUCAAAUCAGACUCUCUUUUAUAUGCCAUCGCCUUGUUUGACGAACGGGCACCUAGGGGACAGUCAACACCUACCCCUCAUGUACCAAAAACACAGUUAUUCUUGACGAAGAGUGGUCUAGUGGUUCCGUACCUAAAACCUACAAACUCUUCAUACCGCACCUAAAAAACAUUCUCCCACUAGACCACUCUUCUUUUGCCAGUUCGUACGUUCGAGCCAACAUAUCAUAUCUUUGCUUUUUGCUUCUCACGAUUUCAUCACGUUCAUCAAGUGAUGGCAAUACCGACUUUACUUUUUCCCCCUGAGUUUGGUCAUUUUGUCUGGUGCUGGUCUUGGGACUUGACGGCGUACGGCCUCUUGUCCCUACUCCUUAUCUACCAAGACCACUCUAUUGCUUAUGUCGAAGAGUGGUCUAGUGGUAUCCGUCCCAGAACCUACAAACUCUCUUCAAUCCGCACCUAAAACUUUUCUCCCACUGGGCUGCUCUUAGAUUUUUGACGUUCGUGACUUCGAACACCUCUCCAACAAGCAACGGACUCGACCUUUUUUUAGUUUCACAACAUCACAAACGACGAUUCAAAACUGCGACGAACAUGACCUGUGGUUACUGGGAGCAAACAGAGAUGUAGAAUACACUUCUCAUUUUGGCCGAAAAGGGGUUUCGUCCCACUUUGCUAUAUACAUUACCAGAUGGUCGCAGGAUGUUGAGAUCGAAGGCGAUUGAAGGAGAUGGAGGUCAAUUCAGACUGCUGAGGUCUGAAUGGGUAUGGGAGUCCAGCAGUGCGUCCGUCGUGGGUGUUCUGCCUGCUGUGAGUCCCGCUCAUGCUUUCUGUGGCGUUGUGUGGCACUCAUGAGGGAGCUGCCUUGAGGGACCUGCUGCCUACCCCUUAUAUACCAAAAACGCUCAGUUUACUGUCGGCAAGGAGUGGUGUAGUGGGAAUACGCAUCCUAUUCACCUAAAAUCUCUCUUCCGCUCCUACAACUUCUCUCACCCCACUACACCACUCCUCGUUUUUUGUCAUGGCUCACGGCUUCGAAUCCUCCCCGACAAGGUCCCCUUUUUUUUGGUCCUCGGCUUCGCACCCUUGGCAGGCCAGUGCUUGACGAUGAUCCCAUCUGCAGGCCUUACACUCGACGAUCUUAUUCCCCUUUUACCAUCACGACUUUAAAUAUAGUCAUGCUCCAUAUCCAGGGACAUUUAUGCCAUUGAUAUAGGCGCUGCGUCGAUGAUUAAUGUCUGGCAUGCCAUCUGGUAUGGCAUGACCGCCUUACCCCUUAUAUACCAAAACCACUCAUAUUGUUUUCAACAAAGAGCGCGUGGUCUAGUGGAAAUCCGCAUUCUAUUAACCUAAAAUCUUCAUACUCUCUCCUAAAAACUCUCUCACCCCACUAGAUCCCGCUCUUUGUUUUUUGCCAAGAUCACGACUUCGAGUGUCUCCCACGACAUUGUUUUUUGCCCUCUGGACACUACCUGCGAUGAGAGUGAGAGGUCAACGGAGUCUUUGGCCCCAAUACUCAAAGGUAAGGGAGACAAGUCAACACACACGGUCAAUAUACUCCUUGCCCUCACUGGUGCUUGAUGUCUUGCCUUUGGCUGCUGGAUAGCACCAGUUCCCGACUCUACACCUUAUAUACCAAAACCACUUUAUUACUGUCGGCGAGGAGUGGUGUAGCGGUAUCCGCUCCUAUAACCUAACAACCUAAAAACUCUUGAGUCCGCUCCUACAAUUCCUUCUCCCACUACAAUGCUCCUCGUUUUUUGCUCGAGUUGAACAAUACUUGUUUUUUUUUUUUUUUUUUCCUUUUUGCCAGUCCUUCUCCCUGCUGGCCAGUCGACUCUGUGGUCUUGGAAGAAGGUGUCGCAAGUACUCCGCGAGAAGAGGUCUGUGCCUACUUGACCUCGAUCGGACAAAGUCGCGACUUGAGAGCGACUUGAGAGUGACUUGAGGAUGCACUGAGAAGGACAACUUCAGGCUUGGGAUCUUGAUGUGAAGGCCCUCAAGACAGCUUCAGUACGAGAGAAAGUCGGAAAAGCGACCAAAAGGGAGGGUCAUAGCUCACUUAGGCAGAAGCAUGCUUUGCCCCGCCUAGAACAACAGCCUACCAACACCAGGGCCUUGUGUCCCAGACCUGACGACAUACCCUUAUAUACCAAAAUCGCUCUCUAUAUCCCCAACGAAGAGUGGUACAGUGGCAUCCUCCGAACCUACGAAACCACCUUCAAAGCUGAAUCCUACGAGUCCCCCUACCUCGUUUCCUCCGACCCUCCCUCCGAGUCUGUACCACUCUUCGCAUUUACUCCUUCUACCAAGUUCUUCUUCUAUUCUUUUUUUUAUUUUUCCCUUUCUCAUGUCUUACUCCUUGCCCUUCCCUCCUUUUAUUAUUUCUUUGUUUUUGCCACAGCUUGUCCCAAGCCUGAGCUCCCCUUCUAAGCUCACGUGUAAGUUCCAUGUAAUGAUGAAGUGAACUCAGGGGUAUUGUUUGGUGGUCUUGGUGACAGGACCUGGUAAGUCGUGUGGUGCAGUGUAAGUUGUAGGCUCGCUCGCUUGAACACAACUCGCGUGCCGGCCAGGGUAAGUGUUAAAUAUUAGAAUUAAUGUCUCCCUUUCGACAAGGAGUGGUGUAGCGGUAUACGUCCUAGAACCUACAAAUCCUAAAAUCCGCUCCUAAAAACUCUCUCUCCCACUACCCACUCCUUGUCUUUUUGCCUGUGUUCGAAGCCUGCCUCUCUUCUUUUUUUUUUUUUUCACGUCACUGAUAUUGCAAUUAUGGAUCUUGGUCUUUUAAGGCUUGUUGAAUCGAGAUGAGAAUUCUCUUGGUGCAAAGGGGUUCAGCUCGCCGUCUAUCUGAACAAAUACUUGUCCAUAGAAAAUACAAGGAGUUCAAUCAAGACCAUUUCAAUUCGCUAUUUCGUCUAUUUGAUCAA